UGUCUACAUGGAACAACUGCUAUAGACGGACAAGACGUAUUGGACAUCGUUUCCAGGACGAACAUAGGUCAAAAGAAAUUUGCGAUUAUAGUGUGUAAGGACUUCGCUUCAUCAUCGUGGAUAACUAUGUAUACACAAAUCUGUAAGGACAGCUGAUCAGGACAGUCACAAUCGCACAACUUUUGGACAAGACGGAGACGGAUCUUUAAAUUUUGCAGACAGACUCCAUUCUUGACAAGAACCAUUUCGCGCCAAGCAGGAUUACAUUGAAGACUUUGUCUUCGGACGAAACUUGAGCACAAGUGGAACCUGUUCAUAUCAUCUUGACAAUCUACACUUCAGUGAUGUAGCUGUGAUAAAUAGGCCUACCAAUUCCCCCAGUCCUUAUGCGUCUUAUCUGGUUCGUCAAACCCUGUUAAAAUGUGUCGCUGAAGCUUGAUGAGAAGUUGCCCAAAUGCCGGUGAAAGAUUUCCAGACCUUCUUCUCGACAAACCAGAAACAGGCCGGAAUGGUGAAAGCAGGUGUGCCCGAGGUUAACUUCAGUCAGUACAGAGCCUCGAGGGGAGUUUUCGAAGCAGAAAAUAUCCUCAGGCGGAAGGAGUACCGUAUCCUUGGUAAAAAAGGAGAGGGUACAUUUUCAGAGGUGCUGAAAUGCCAGAAUACCAAGGAUGGUACGUACUGGGCCUGCAAGAAGAUGAAACAGCAUUAUGACAGUCUGGAGCAGGUGAACAAUCUUCGAGAAAUCCAGGCCAUGAGAAGAUUGAGUCCCAAUGCCAAUAUUCUGGAACUACAAGAAGUCAUUUUUGACAAAAAGUCUGGUGUGCUAGUCCUUAUUUGUGAACUGAUGGAUAUGAACAUUUAUGAAUUAAUACGAGGGAGACGACAUUACCUGCCUGAGCCAAAAGUCAAAAAUUUUAUGUAUCAGCUAUGUAAAUCAAUAGAACACAUGCAUAGGAAUGGUAUAUUUCAUCGGGAUGUGAAACCAGAAAAUAUAUUAGUAAAAGAUGACAUACUCAAGUUAGCUGAUUUUGGUUCCUGUCGAAGUGUCUAUUCCAAGCAACCCUAUACAGAAUACAUAUCAACGCGAUGGUACCGAGCACCAGAAUGUCUUCUCACUGACGGUUAUUAUACAUAUAAGAUGGAUAACUGGAGUGUUGGAUGUGUGUUCUUUGAAGUGCUAAGUUUACACCCCUUAUUUCCCGGGUCUAACGAAGUUGACCAGAUUGCCAAAAUCCAUGAUAUCAUUGGAACGCCCGACCCAGCUGUGUUGAACAAAUUGAGAAACAAAACGCGAGGGAUGAACUUCAACUUCCCGCCAAAGAAAGGUUCAGGGAUCGAGCGCCUGCUGCCUCAUGCAUCAAAGGAGGCCAUUGAUCUUAUCUACAAACUCUGUACAUAUGAUCCAGAUGAGAGACUCACAUCGAAACAAUCUGUCCGACACCCUUACUUCAAGGAACUAAGGGAUGCAGAAAAGAGACAGGCAGCUCAACAGAAGGCCCAGCAACGACCAGAUGACGUGAUAGAGAAAGUCGACAGUACGCUACAAGUUACAGAGAAUGCCAAAUCUGAGCCAAACUCACAGGAUGAGACGAAAGAUAAGGACACCAAGGCAGCUCAAGAAAGCGUUGUUGGUCCACUGCUUACGAAACCUACAUUAGGUUAUGAACGGAGAAGGAGGGUAAGGGACUUUUAUCAGAGGCGGCAAAAGAGAGUAACUGAUAACGGCUACCAGCAUGGCUCAUACUUGCCUAAAGUGAAUGGAACAAGCUCACAGUUUUCAUCAUCCAUCUACCCUAGCACCACAUCUUUCCCGAAGAUUAAUGGCAGUAGUAUGUUCCCAAGCAUAGGUGCAUUUAAGUCAAAACCAAAGGCCAACACUCAACCACAGACGAACAAGAACAUGUACGGUCAUUACCAGCUGCCUUCCAUUGAUCGACGAGGAGGACAGUUCUGAGAGACCUGUGUUGACGAUGUCUGCAAUUCCACUUCGGUCAAUCCUGCUCUGCAGUCUCGGGCUAGGAUCUAAAGGAACAGGCCUCUUAAAUGUAUUGAAGGAAUGCAAGAAAAUGGAGGACUUAAAGACUACUAUGGUGCUUCAGCACUCUUAAGUGUUACCACUAAUUCGAGCCUCCACUUUAUAAAGACGGGAUUGAAUGUGAACAAAUGGUUCAAGCAUUUGUUUUUUGGCGAAAAAGCCUUUCGACAUUUUACCAUAGCCAACCUGAUUGGUCAAUGUUGCAGACGGCCAUUCUCUGGCAGGUUCAAAACUCCUAGCUUUGAGGAGAUUAUUUGAAGAAUAGUUCGUAUUUCGGUCUUCAGAUGCUUUCGACAAAUCAAAACAGUGUUACGAUGCAGGCAUUGACAUUGGCUUGAUAUUGGGAUGUCUCUAUUCUCAAGGGGUGUGGCCUGAAUAGCCUGAAUAAUGAGGGUAAACUUUUUGUCAAGGUGCAAAACAAACUAAAAUUGUCUGGCUAACGUUCAGAAGUUACCACCUGAUGAUUCAAAACAUAACUGAGAAGGUUGGAGCUUUGGCUGUUCAGCUGGCCAGUGAUCUUAUGGUAAUUCUAAACUCAUGAAUAGUAGUUUAUAAAGUAGAUCCUAUACCGCUGUAAAAACAUAUCUUUUGAAUAGGCUUGGGAGAUUUCUUGGCCUAAUUGCAGAAAAGUCAAACUUAGUCUUAAGAUUUUAUGAGUCGAUAAAAGGGAUUGAGUUAGGUAGAAUUGUAUCCAAGAUUGGUGGUUGUAUUUCAUUUAGUUGAAAGAAUGUCACCUGAGGGUAAAAAGUAUCCGUCCUCCUGCUCAGAAAGAGCAUUUGCAAGGGACGGCUGAGGCUUGCAGCAUUGGAUCUUUGGUUCCAAUGGGCAAUGGCCCCUGUUCGAAAAUUAACCAUUUCUCUAUUGUAUUUAGCCACAAGAUGGCACUGUGAUAUGCACUCUGUGAUGUCCAUAGUUUGCACAUGUUUACUCCAAACAUAACUGCUGACUUUCAUUGCUAAUUCUAUGAAAUCUGAACAUUUCUGCGACUUAAGUUGCCCUUGUAACAGUAAUUUAGGACUGGGACCACUUCAGGGAAAUAUUUUUCUAAUGUUUUGUUACGAGUCAUAUAAGCGACCCAUUUGUAUAAAGUCAUCUUUGAUGCUUGGAGAAAACCAUGGCAACUGUCUGUUUUCACUUCCAAUUCAUGCACAUUCUGUUUAUGGGGAUAAAAAUGGGGUUUUCCCGCACUGUAAUAUUGUACAUAAGAGUAUGAAUGAUUCAUUUGAAGCAAAACAUUAUGUUGAGCCCUUCUGAUGUGCAUGAUUAUUGUUUAUUGAUCAAUUGUACUCAAAUGGUUAGCAUUGGUCAAUCGAUCUGGUCUUAUCUGUGAUAUAUGCUGCGAUGAUUAAAGUUAUGAUUGGUGUUUCAUAUUGAAUGUUUCUGAAUGAUACUUAUCCCUGUUCCUCUUAGGGAUAAACAUUCCUUUGUGAAACUGGUUACCGGUACAUGUAUCUUCUACAAGACACUUACUAGUGAGUGCUCUUAAAAGAUACUGGCAGAUUGAAUGUGUCGAAGUCCAAUGUUAAACUAGUUGUCUUUCUUUUAACUCUAACUUCAAGCUUAGAUUUAACCCACGAACCUGCAUGGCUAGGCCUCACAUAUCAUGUUCAUGAGGGACUUAAUGGCUGAAAGGUGGCAGUAAUAGCUAGCAGUCCAGUCGAGAACCUGUUGUGGAUGAAAUUAACAUGGGGUGGAAAUCUGUUGUUUUUUGGACCACUACCUUCUACUGCUACCUACCGUCAGUCAAGUUUCUCAUUGUGAGGCCCAGACUUCAGAGUUGUCAAAGAUACAGUUAUAUUGUCAUCACAGUGAUUAGUUUUGUUGUAUAUUGCAUUAAAUUUGAAUGUAACAUUUGGUUAAGUGUCUGUACAGUAUUCGCACAAUGUAUGAAUAGAACAAAUAAUAAAAGACCUACAA